CUGCGAAUUGCGAUAUACACCCAAAGUUAGUUAAAAAUUCUUAAUUGAUCAGAAUGGUAUUCUACAAAGUCGCCGGCGCAUCGGAGUACCUGGCGAUCACCGGAUAUGGUGUUCGUGAUAUUAAGCUGGCGAAGAAGGCCUUCGUCCUCCCUGGUCAGCGCUGCACCAAAUUCGACAUGUCCCCCGUCAACUACACUUUCGAGGUCCAGGCCAUGAGCGCCGAGAAGCUCCCCUUCAUCCUCCCCGCCGUCUUUACUAUUGGCCCCCGCGUCGACUCCCGCGACUCCCUUCUCCUCUACGCCAAGCUCAUCUCCCCCCACGACAAGCUUUCCAGCCACGUUAAAGAGCUUGUGCAGGGCGUCAUCGAGGGUGAGACCCGCGUGCUUGCUGCCUCCAUGACCAUGGAGCAGAUCUUCAAGGGCACCAAAACCUUCAAGCAAGAGGUGUUCGAGAAGGUUCAGCUGGAGCUCAACCAGUUCGGUCUCAUCAUUUACAACGCCAACGUCAAGCAGCUAGUCGACGUCAAGGACCACGAGUACUUCUCUUAUUUGGGGCAGAAAACGCAGCAAGAGGCCGCCAACCAGGCCAAGGUCGACGUCGCCGAGGCCAGAAUGAAAGGCGAGAUCGGCUCCAAGGUACGGGACGGCCAGACCAAGCAGAACGCGUCCAAGAUCGAUGCAGAGACGAAGAUUUACUCGACGCAGAGAGAAGGGGAAGGGAUAAAGGUGGAGUCAAAGGUGAAAUCCGAGGUCAAGAUUUAUCAAAACAUGAGGGAAGCAGAGGUGGCAGAGGCCAACGCGGAUCUGGCUAUGAAAAAGGCAGAGUGGCAGCGGCAGGCCAAGGUGGCCGAGGUUGAGGGCACCAAGGCGGUAGCUAUAAGGGAAGCUGAGCUACAACUGGAGGUGGAGCGGAGGAAUGCGCUGAGGGAGACCGAGAAGCUCAGGGCAGAGUUGCUCAGUAAAGCUUUAGUUGACUACGACAUGAAGGUACAAGAGGCAAAUUGGGAGCUGUACAAGCGACAGAAGGAAGCCGAAGGCCUCCUGUACGAGCAGGAGAAGCUUGCGGAAGGGCGCAGAGCCACGUCUGAGGCCGCGCGUUUCGCACGGCAGAAUGAGGCGGAAGCAGAGCUUUACGCCAAGAAGAAGGAGGCAGAGGGCUUGGUGGCAAUGGCACAAGCACAAAAGCUGUACAUCGCUUCGCUGCUUGAGGCGCUUGACGGAAAUUACUCAGCGCUCCGGGACUACCUCAUGAUCAACGGCGGGACGUACCAGGACAUGGCGCGGCUUAACGCGGAGGCCGUCCGCGGUCUGCAGCCAAAGAUAAGCGUGUGGACUAACGGCAGCGGCGAUGGUGCGGAAGGAGGAGGGGCGAUGAAGGAGAUGGCCGGAGUCUACAGAAUGUUGCCGCCGCUGCUGAAGACGGUGCAGGAGCAGACCGGAAUAGAGCCGCCGACUUGGAUGGCGAAAAUGACGGAGACGGCAAUUGUUUGAUUGAUGAAUAUUACUUCUAUAAUAUCGCAUUGUUGUGAAUCGCGCAGUGUAUGGUAAUUUCAAUUAUAUUUAUGU